AAAACAAGAUUUUCUAACGUGUGAUGUGUCAAGUUUAGUUCACUGCGGGUACGAGUUUGGAUUUGGUUGGUUGUCUCGUACUGGACAACGGUGGUGGUUUCGUGUCUGGAGUGUCACAAGUAGUCUGCUAUGUUUACAAGUUUGUGAAGUCAAUUACAUUGUGGAAAUGAUACCGAACUGCGAGCUACAGUAAAUAAAAAUUGCAGACGUGGAUAAACGCGUAACUCUAUCGGAUAUUCGACACUUGCAAAGAUAAGACGAAAGUAACACAAGCAUAUUCUCAAUUGCAAAGGUUAGCAAGCCACUGACUCAUAUAGCUCGGUUAAUAGAAAGACUGCAGGGUUAUGUUUUCCUUUGUUUACGGACAGUGAUUUUAAUGAAACAGCUGCUACGGUCGGUGCUGCUUAAGACGCGAUCCAGAUCUCGAAAAAUGAGUGCCAGUUUCCAUCCUGAAAUUCCAGUCGGUAUCCGGGCUAUCGAAACGAUUGUUCAGAAAUGCUGUAAUCGAAUACGCUUCCGCCGAGAAUUGCUAUUCAAGUUCUCGGUGCUGUUUCUUACAUAUGCCGCGUACACCUGUUAUCAUAUGUCCCGGAAACCCAUAUCGGUGGUCAAGUCCGUACUGCACAGGAACUGCUCCGAGUUAGAGCCGCCACCUUCGGUUCUGCCAAAUGACACCAACUGGUGCGACUAUGCUCCAUUCGACACGAACGAUGCUCCUGCACUUUUCGGUGCACUGGAUUCUGCCUUUCUCUUUUGCUAUGCUGCGGCAAUGUUUGUGUCGGGAUUUGUCGCUGAACGAGUAUCGAUACGCUACUUCCUUAGUUUUGGCAUGAUCCUGUCUGGAAUAUUCACGUACCUAUUAGGAGUAGCGAAAACAUCGAGCAUACAUAAUCUUUGGUAUUUUUUGAUUGUGCAAGCGUUUGCUGGCGUUGUACAAACUACUGGCUGGCCUGGUGUUGUAACCGUGGUAGGAAGAUGGUUUGGAAAAACAAAACGUGGCUUAAUAUUCGGUAUUUGGAAUAGCCAUACUUCGAUCGGGAAUAUUCUGGGAUCGGUUAUUGCAGCUGCAUAUGUUGAAUCUGAUUGGUCGUUAUCAUUCAUUGUACCGGGAAUAAUAAUGGGAUGCGUUGGGUUCAUUAUAUUUCUUUUUCUGGUCGAUUCACCCGAUCUCGUCGGCUGCCAUACGCCAAAUUUAGGAAUACAUCGACGUGUUUCGAGUGCAUCAGAUAUUGAAGGUGCGGCAGAUCCACACACAGUGCAGAAAGUCAUUGUUAUUGAACCGGUAAUAAAUCUUGGGAGUAUAAACACUGAAGUGUCAUAUCGUCCGACAGAGCGAACGCCAAUGUUAUCAAGAACAACGGAGCCAAGAUUAUCAGAACGAGCACCUAUUAAAUUAUUAGAUGCUUUAUAUAUUCCAGGAGUAAUUGAAUUUUCAUUGUGCUUAUUUUUCUCCAAACUCGUAAGCUACACAUUCCUCUACUGGCUUCCUCUCUAUAUACAAUCGUCCACUACGUUAGGAGCGACGUAUAGUGCUGAUCUCUCAACAAUAUUCGAUGUGGGCGGUAUUGUAGGUGCUAUCACUGCCGGAGUAAUUUCAGAUUAUACCCAUAUGUCUGCAACGACAUGUGCCUCAAUGCUGUUUCUUGCCGCUCCAAUGUUGCUACUAUACCAUCAGUACGGCGCUGUCUCACUGACCGUUGGCAUUGUGUUACUUUUCGUUGCUGGAAUCCUAGUUAAUGGUCCUUAUGCAUUGAUUACUACAUCAGUGAGUGCGGAGCUAGGUACCCACACUUGCCUUGAGGGUAAUUCUCGAGCUCUAGCCACCGUAACUGCAAUCAUCGAUGGGACGGGAUCAAUAGGUGCUGCGGUUGGACCUAUGCUAGCUGGCCUAGUGUCAUCAUCGGGCUGGCAGAAUGUAUUUUAUAUGCUCAUCAUCUCUGAUAUAUUAGCAAUGAUCUUACUAGUUCGAUUAGUUUCAAAAGAAUUCGCUCGAUUUAGGCGAAACGCCAGAAUAGAGUAAUACUUAUUUAUUGCUUUAGUUAAAGCAUACUAUCAAAUACAAAUUAUGAUCUACAUUAUAGCUGAAAGAAAGUUAUAGUCAAGGAUCGUAGCAUCAUACAAACAACUGUGAAUAUAGUAUUUGUAUUGUAAGUAUGUCCGUUAAUUUAUUAUGAUUCCGAAUUGACAACCUUUCUUGAGAUAAGAAUUACUGGCAUAAUGCGAGCAGUAUUUAUAACUUCACGGAAAAUUAUAAAUCAACGAAAGUUUCUUUAGGGAGUUUAGUAAGUUAAAUAGUUUACCAGUUCCUAGGUGCUUUACAGUAUACAAGUUUUUUUCGUUGAGAAAAUUGAUAUGUUACGUUGACUACUGCUCGCAACCUGUUGUACUGCUACAAAAAGAAUUUAUUCUAUAGUUUGUGUAUUUAGUAUUUAUUUCUUAAUAUACACCUUGUAUUUUUUACGAAACAACUCGGAAAAUUUAUCAAAUUUUUCUCUGUCGCUCUUUAUAUACUUCUUAAGGAAAUUGUUGUGAAGAUAUAUUUUUAUCUUUAUAUUAAAGCUGUUUUUAAACAAACUGUAAA